UGAUGCCGUAGAGAAAAACACAUGGAAAAAGACAAUCAGACUGCCCCUGUGAUGGGGUUCAUUCUCCUGGGACUCUCUGCCCACCCAAAGCUGGAGAAAAUCUUCUUUGUGCUUGUCCUGCUCAUGUACCUGGUGAUCCUGCUGGGCAAUGGGGUCCUCAUCCUGGUGACCAUCCUUGACUCCCGACUUCACACGCCCAUGUACUUCUUCUUGGGGAACCUCUCCUUCCUGGACAUCUGCUACACAACCUCCUCAGUCCCACUGUUCUUGGACCUUGUCCUGACUUCACAUAAAACCAUCUCCUUCUCAGCCUGUGCUGGGCAGAUGGGUCUCUCCUUUGCCAUGGCAGGGACAGAGUGUCUGCUCCUGGGAAUGAUGGCGUUUGACCGCUACGUGGCCAUCUGCAACCCCCUUAGGUACCCUGUGGUCAUGAGCAGGGCUGCCUACGUGCCCAUGGCUGCCGGCUCCUGGGCUAUAGGUGGGGCGGCUUCUGCAGUACACACCCCCUUGGCAAUUCAGCUGCCCUUUUGUGGGGACAAUGUCAUCAACCAUUUCACCUGUGAGAUCCUGGCUGUCCUAAAAUUGGCCUGUGCGGACAUCUCCAUCAAUGUGAUCAGCAUGGAGGUGUCAAAUGUGAUCUUCCUGGCAGUGCCAGUGCUGUUCAUCUUGGUCUCUUAUGUCUUCAUUAUUAUCACCAUCCUGAGGAUUCCUUCAGCAGAGGGGAGGAAAAAGGCCUUCUCCACCUGCUCUGCCCACCUCACAGUUGUGAUCAUCUUCUAUGGGACCUUAUUUUUCAUGUACACCAAGCCCAAGUCUAAAGACUCACUGGAGUCAGGCAUGGAGGACUUUUCAGACAAGCUCAUCUCCCUCUUUUAUGGGGUGGUGACCCCCAUGCUGAACCCCAUCAUCUACAGCCUAAGGAACAAGGACGUGAAAGCUGCUGUGAGAAACCUGUUGACUCAGAAAUGCUUCAGCCAGUGA